GGAGGGGGCGGGGCAAUUUAACGUGUUGGUGCAACUGGCAAGUAGUUAGUGUGAUCUUGUCCGUCUAUUUUUUUUUUCCACAAAAUUCAACUUCCAAAGAGAAAUCCACUUCAACCAGCGUUACAACAAGGCGGUAGGACCUUGACUUCCAUCUGUGGUCUGUAUUUGUCCUUCGCGUGUUUCUUAUAUGACAAGCAGAGUCGCAGCACGAUCGACACAGAUUGACAAUAGGAGAAAUCGUUAUUAGCUAACAGUAGCUAACUUCUCCCUGCAUAUCAGCUGCCUCAGCGCUGUAUGUGCGGCAAUAACAUGUCAGCGCCUUUACCUGCCAUUGUGCCUGCUGCCCGGAAAGCCACUGCAGCGGUAAUAUUUCUGCAUGGCCUUGGUGAUACUGGGCAUAGCUGGGCUGAGGCUUUUGCAGGCAUCAGGAUACCACAUGUGAAAUACAUCUGUCCACAUGCUCCCACCAUGCCUGUGUCCUUGAACAUGAGAAUGUCCAUGCCUUCUUGGUUUGAUAUCUACGGAUUGAGCCCGGAGGCAGAUGAAGAUGAGAUUGGUAUUAAACGAGCCUCAGAAAACAUUAAGGCCUUGAUAGACCAAGAGGUAAAGAAUGGGAUACCGUCCCACAGAAUUCUCCUGGGUGGAUUUUCACAGGGUGGAGCGUUGUCCCUCUACACAGCUCUGACAACCCAGCAGAAGCUCGCUGGAGUGGUUGCUCUUAGCUGUUGGCUUCCUCUCCGCAAGUCCUUCCCUCAGGCCGCUGCAAACUCUGCAAACAAGGACAUGCAUGUGCUCCAAUGCCACGGGGAUUCGGACCCCCUAGUCCCCUUUGUAUUUGGUAGCCAGACCUCAGAGAAGCUGAAAGGCCUCAUUAAUCCAGCCAACAUCACCUUCAAGUCAUACCGGGGUCUACCUCACAGCGCCUGUCCAGAAGAAAUGGUGGACAUCAAGCGAUUCAUCGAGAAGCAGCUUCCUGCCCUCGGCGACGAAUGAAGUGGGAAAUGGCUGCAUACACCCGCACGGCAUCACCAGAGUCCUUCAGGUGUGACUCCAGCGAGACUCUGCGGACUUGAGGAAACACUGACUUACUUGACAAUAAAACCACGCUGCUACUCAUAGAGCCAGACCGAACACGGGGCUACACGUUGAGCCCGGGACAGACGGGACUGAAACGAUGCUGCAUCCUGACCUGGAGCCACACACGAUCCUCAGCGUCACAGUAGAGUAACAUUAGUUGCUUGAUUGUAUUUGCCAUUAAGAAGCCAUUUUCUGCAGGAAACGUAUGUAUCGGAAAAACUAGGGCUAUACUAUUUGGUUAAUACCUUUUAUCUCAUAAUAAAUGGCCUGUUGUUUAAUGUUUUUUUUUUUUUUAAAUUAAUGUAGACUGUUUUAGGAUUUAGAAGUUAAGUUAAAUAAUUGACUUAGUUAAGACCUUAAUCAAGCAAUUUUGUUGAUUUAUGCUUCUCUGAUUUUAAGAUCUGCUGUUUUGCGUUGCUUAAAUUAGUCCAAGUAGAAAAUUAUUUGGUUGGGGGUUUGUUGUUGCAUAAAAUAAGCAUCCGCUCUGGCUUUUAGAAAAAUGAAAGAACAUUUUUGAGUAUUUUUAACAUCUUAAAGAUAAGCAAUUAAUGUAAAGCAGUAUAGAUUUGGCAGUCCUGAUCUGUGACAUGUAUGCCUUUAAACAAAAUUCACCAUAAAGCAUUUGCAGACAAAGCACAUACUCUGAUAUUACACUGAAAGUAUACGACCCAUGCAGCUUAAUAUGCAAUGUGAGAAUGUUCACGACACGUAACAGCAAAACAACAUACGAUUGUGCUUUAUUUAAUUUGUGAGAAUUCAUAUAGCUAGUUCACAUAAAUCCCUUUUUUUCUUAAAUA